CCCCAACACUCCUCCUCCUUCCCUCCCUCCCUCCUUUCCUCGCUCGCUCGCUCGCUCGCCAGCCCGCCAGCGCCGGGUGCUCCCACACUCCAGGGAGGGAGGGAAGGAAGGCGUAUCCGGAGCCGCCAGCGAGAGGAGGCAGAGCUCCGCGGGACACGGCGCCUUCGCACCCAGCUCCGCGCCCUGACGCACCGCUCUUCCCAGAGCGCACCUCCCGCACCCCAGCGCGGCGCACGCACACGCGCGCACAGUUUCGCCAAUGGCAGACGGAGAGGAGGAGGAUUUCGACUACGGCGACCACGAGAACUACAGCACCUACGACGGCUUCUACGAGGACUACCCCACGGUGUGCGACAAGGAGGACGUGCGCUCCUUCGCCAGGGUCUUCCUGCCCGCCAUCUACGCCUUGGCGCUGGUAGUGGGCUUGGCGGGAAACUCCCUGGUGGUGGCCGUCUACGUGCACUACAAGAAGUUGAGGACCAUGACGGACGUGCACAUCCUCAACCUGGCGGCGGCCGACCUGCUGCUCCUCCUCACGCUUCCCUUUUGGGCGGCGGACGCCGUGCACGGCUGGGAGCUGGGCGAGGCCAUGUGCAAGCUCACCUCAGCCAUGUACGCCAUCAACUUCGGCUGCGGGAUGCUCUUCCUGGCCUGCAUCAGCGUCGACCGCUAUCUGGCCGUGCUGGGGGCCGGACGGGGCCGCGGGCUGCGGCGGGGACAGCGUACCGCGGUGUGCAUGGCUGUCUGGGCCACCGCCCUUGUGCUGGGCAUCCCCGACAUCGUUUUCUCCACAGUGAGGCAAAUCGCCGCAAACAGGAAGGCCUGCAUGGCCGUCUACUCAAACAGAAUGGCUGCCCCCACCAAGGCCGCCUUGGAGAUCUUGGAUGUGGUGCUGAGCUUCCUCCUACCCUUCCUGGUCAUGGUGUUCUGCUACACCCGGCUGGCUCGAGCCCUCCACCGUCUCCCGGAGGCCAGGCGGGGGAAGAAGCAGCAGGCUUUCCGGGUACUGGUGGCCGUGGUGGGUGUCUUUGUGGUCACUCAGCUGCCCUACAACGUCAUCAAAUUCUGCCGCGCCAUGGAUGUCAUUUACGCCCUGGUGACCCACUGCGAGCUCAGCAAGGGCCUCGACCGGGCCAUGCAGGUGGCGGAGAGCCUGGCAUUAAGCCACAGCUGCCUCAACCCCGUGCUCUACGCCUUCCUUGGCUCUUCCUUCCGACAGCAUCUCCUCAAACUCCUCAAGACCUUCGGCCAGCGGCGGAGGGGGCGGCCCCAGCAGGAACAGCAGACGGAGGUCGAGAUCUCGCUCGACUCCCACACGCCCUCCGAGGAGACCAGCCACUUCACCAUAUGAACGAGAGGCUUUUGGGCGAGGAGAAACCCAACGUUCGUACGCGAGCGAGGUAACCUUCACCAAGCAGACGUCGACGACGACUUCUUCGCACCCAUUUAUUACACACCUUGUAUCAUUGAGACCUUGAGUUUGUAUAUUUUUAUAUGUCUGUAUAUCAAAUCUGAAAAUGGAUAUUGGAAUUUUGUAUGUCGGCAAUUUCUUUAAAAUAAAAAAAAGCUAUUUGCUCCUUGUGACAUUGCACACGUUAAACAAAAUAAAGUACAUUUGCGUAGCUCGUCGAAGGAGAACCAGCGGACGGAGGGAAUUGCCACGGACCCUCAGAUGUUUCUGUGUUAUUCUUGCCUCCGUCUCACUGAUUGCAGGAUCGAAGUUCUUUUCUUCUGCAACAUGUUUCUAAUCCCCGCAAAAGCGCCAAUCAAAGGAACAUGCGAUUCGCGUUUGUAAGUGCGGUGCGGCUCUUGGGGGGGAACAGAAACGGCAAUUGGGGCCAUUUGGGACAUAUGCUGCCAGGAAAAACGAUGGCAGAAAGCUGAUAAACUGAGACAGAAGGCCUUCAGCAGACGUUUGGCGGCUUGGCCUCAACUUCGAUGUGCUCCGUGUGGGAGGUCCAACAAUUGAAGCAGAAGCGAAGAACGGACACACGCUAACU